GGGCCAAUGGGGGGCGUGUCGUGGGCGGGGCGGCGGAGCGGGGCGCCAUGUCGCGGCGGCGGUGGCGAGGCCCUCAGGGUGCCGAGGGCGGCGGACGCGGAACCGACAUGGGGAAGAUGGCGGCGGGCGGUGGCGGCAGCGGUUCGGGCCGAUAUUACGGCGGCGGUAGCGGCGGAGAAGGCGGGAGGGCUCCUAAGCGCCUGAAAACCGAUAGCGCGGAGCCGCCGCCUCACGGGCCCGGUGGGCCGGGGGGCGCGGGCGGCGGAGCCGGAGCGGGAGGAUCGGAGAAUUACGAGGAUCCCCACAAAACGCCGGCGUCGCCCGUGGUUCACAUCCGCGGCCUCAUCGAUGGCAUCGUGGAGGCCGAUCUGGUGGAGGCGCUGCAGGAGUUCGGGCCCAUCAGUUACGUGGUGGUGAUGCCGAAGAAGCGUCAGGCGCUGGUGGAGUUUGAGGACAUCCUGGGCGCCUGCAACGCCGUCAACUACGCCGCCGACAACCAGAUCUACUUCGCCGGCCACCCGGCCUUCGUCAACUACUCCACCAGCCAGAAGAUCUCACGGCCCGGCGACAGCGACGACGCACGCGGCGUCAACAACGUGCUGCUCUUCACCAUCCUCAACCCCAUCUACUCCAUCACCACGGACGUGCUCUACACCAUCUGCAACCCCUGCGGGCCGGUGCAGAGGAUCGUCAUCUUCCGCAAGAACGGCGUCCAGGCCAUGGUGGAGUUCGACUCGGUGCAGAGCGCCCAGCGCGCCAAGGCCUCGCUCAACGGCGCCGACAUCUACUCGGGCUGCUGCACCCUCAAGAUCGAGUACGCCAAGCCCAGCCGCCUGAACGUGUUCAAGAACGACCAGGACACCUGGGACUACACCAACCCCAACCUGAGCGGGGCAGGAGACCCCGGUGGGAACCCCAACAAGCGGCAGCGGCAGCCGCCCCUCCUGGGGGACCACCCGGCCGAGUACGGCUCCCCCCGCUGCCCCCCAGGUGGUCCCCACGCCGGUUACCACCACGGCCACUACCACGACGAGGGCUACGGGCCCCCUCCCCCUCACUACGAGGGUCGGCGCAUGGGACCCCCCCCGGUGGGUGGGGGGCACCGCAGGGGUCCCGGGCGCUACGGACCCCAGUACGGGCACCCCCCCCCGCCCCCGCCGCCGCCCCCCGACUACGGCCCCCACGCCGACUCGCCCGUGCUGAUGGUGUACGGGCUGGACCAGGCCAAGAUGAACUGCGACCGCGUCUUCAACGUCUUCUGCCUCUACGGGAACGUGGAGAAGGUGAAGUUCAUGAAGAGCAAGCCGGGCGCGGCCAUGGUGGAGAUGGCCGAUGGUUACGCCGUGGACAGAGCCAUCACCCACCUCAACAACAACUUCAUGUUCGGCCAGAAGCUCAACGUCUGUGUCUCCAAGCAGCGCCGCAUUGCGCCGGGGCCGUCGUACGGGGAUUUUGGGGUGGAUUUGGGGUUUUUGGGGUGGAUUUUUGUGGUUUUUGGGGUUGAUUUUUGUGGUUUUUGGGGCUUUCUGACCCGUUUCUCCCCCCCCAGCGUCUCCAAGCAGCGCCGCAUUGCGCCGGGGCAGUCGUACGGGGAUUUUGGGGAUGGAUUUAGGAUGGAUUUAGGGAUUUUGGGGUGGAUUUUGGGGUUUUUGGGGGGUUUUUGGGGUGGAUUUUGGGGUUUUUGGGGUUGAUUUUUGUGGUUUUUGGUGUUUUCUGACCCGUUUCUCCCCCCCCAGCGUCUCCAAGCAGCGCCGCAUUGCGCCGGGGCAGUCGUACGGGGAUUUUAGGAUAGAUUUAUGGAUUUUAGGAUGGAUUUAUGGAUUUUAGGGUGGAUUUUGGGGUUUUUAGGAUGGAUUUUUUUGGUUUUUGGUGUUUUCUGACCCAUUUUUCCCUCCCCAGUGUCUCCAAGCAGCACGCCAUCAUACCGGGGCAGUCGUACGGGGAUUUUGGGAUGGAUUUAUGGAUUUUGGGGUUUUUGGGGUGGAUUUUUGUGGAUUUAGGGGUUUUUGGGAUGGAUUUAGGGGUUUUUGGGGUUGAUUUUUUUGAUUUUUGGGAUGAUUUUGGUGUUUUGUGACCCAUUUUUCCCUCCCCAGUGUCUCCAAGCAGCACGCCAUCAUGCCGGGGCAGUCGUACGGGGUUUUUAGGAUGGAUUUAGGGAUUUUGGGGUUUUUGGGGUUGGUUUUUUGGGUUUUUGGGGUUGAUUUUUUGGGUUUUUGAUGUUUUCUAACCCAUUUUUCCCUCCCCAGUGUCUCGAAGCAGCACGCCAUCAUGCCGGGGCAGUCGUACGGGGUUUU